AUGACAUCAACAGGGAAAGAGGGCAGCGGGGCGCAGCACGCGCAGUAUGUGGGACCCUACCGCCUGGAGAAGACGCUGGGCAAAGGACAGACAGGGCUUGUGAAGUUGGGGGUUCACUGCGUCACCUGCCAAAAGGUCGCGAUCAAAAUUGUGAACCGAGAGAAGCUCAGCGAGUCAGUGCUGAUGAAGGUGGAGCGGGAGAUCGCCAUCCUGAAGCUCAUAGAACACCCACAUGUUUUAAAGCUGCACGACGUUUAUGAAAAUAAAAAAUAUUUAUACUUGGUGCUAGAACAUGUAUCAGGUGGUGAGCUCUUCGACUAUCUUGUGAAGAAGGGGAGGCUGACGCCCAAGGAAGCCCGCAAGUUCUUCCGACAAAUCAUCUCUGCUCUUGACUUCUGCCACAGCCACUCAAUAUGCCACAGGGACCUGAAACCCGAAAACCUUCUGCUGGACGAAAGGAACAACAUCAGAAUAGCCGAUUUCGGGAUGGCGUCACUGCAGGUUGGGGACAGCUUAUUAGAAACCAGCUGCGGGUCACCUCAUUAUGCCUGCCCCGAGGUGAUCCGGGGUGAGAAAUACGAUGGCAGGAAAGCAGAUGUAUGGAGCUGUGGGGUCAUUCUAUUCGCCUUGUUGGUGGGGGCUUUGCCUUUCGACGAUGACAACCUUCGGCAGCUCCUGGAGAAGGUGAAGCGAGGGGUGUUCCACAUGCCACACUUCAUCCCGCCAGACUGUCAGAACCUGCUGCGGGGCAUGAUUGAAGUUGAUGCCUCCAAAAGACUGACGCUAGAACACAUUCAGAAACACAUAUGGUAUAUAGGGGGCAAGAAUGAGCCGGAGCCAGAGCAGCCCAUCCCCCGAAAGGUGCAGAUUCGAUCCCUUCCAUCCCUGGAGGACAUCGACCCUGAUGUACUGGACAGCAUGCAUUCUCUAGGCUGCUUCCGAGACAGAAAUAAACUCUUACAGGACCUCUUGUCAGAAGAGGAAAAUCAAGAAAAAAUGAUCUAUUUUCUCCUUCUUGAUCGGAAAGAAAGGUAUCCCAGCCACGAGGAUGAAGACCUCCCCCCUCGGAAUGAGAUAGACCCCCCCAGGAAGCGUGUGGAUUCCCCAAUGUUGAAUAGACAUGGAAAGCGGAGGCCUGAGAGGAAGUCCAUGGAGGUCCUCAGCGUGACGGAUGGCGGCUCCCCGGUCCCUGCCCGCCGAGCCAUUGAGAUGGCCCAGCAUGGCCAGAGGUCCCGGUCAAUCAGCGGCGCAUCAUCGGGUCUCUCCACCAGCCCUCUUAGCAGUCCGAGGGUGACCCCUCACCCCUCUCCAAGGGGCAGCCCCCUCCCUACCCCCAAGGGAACGCCCGUCCACACGCCAAAGGAGAGCCCGGCAGGCACGCCCAACCCCACCCCACCGUCCAGCCCCAGCAUCGGAGGGAUGCCCUGGAGGACGCGGCUCAAUUCCAUCAAAAACAGCUUCCUGGGGUCUCCUCGAUUCCACAGGCGGAAACUGCAGGUACCUACACCGGAGGAGAUGUCCAACCUGACCCCAGAAUCAUCCCCAGAGCUCGCCAAAAAGUCUUGGUUUGGUAACUUUAUCAACUUGGAGAAAGAAGAGCAAAUCUUUGUGGUCAUCAAAGACAAGCCGCUGAGCUCCAUCAAAGCUGACAUUGUGCAUGCCUUCCUCUCGAUCCCCAGUCUCAGCCACAGUGUCAUCUCUCAGACGAGCUUCCGCGCAGAGUACAAGUCAACGGGAGGGCCAGCUGUCUUCCAGAAGCCAGUCAAGUUUCAGGUGGACAUCACCUACACGGAAGGCGGAGAGGCGCAGAAGGAGAAUGGCAUCUACUCAGUCACUUUCACACUUUUGUCAGGUCCAAGCCGUCGCUUUAAGAGGGUGGUGGAGACCAUUCAGGCCCAGUUGUUAAGCACACAUGACCAGCCAUCUGUCCAGCAAUUAUCAGACACCACUAACUGUAUGGAAUUGAUGACGGGGAGGCUUUCCAAAUGUGGCAGCCCAUUGAGUAACUUCUUUGACGUAAUUAAACAACUUUUUUCAGACGAGAAGAAUGGGCAGGUGGCCCACCCCCCCGGCACGCCAACCAAGUCUAGCGCCCACAGCCAGCGGAGAGAGGCCGAGGCGCCUGCCGCCAAGUAUCCAGGCGGCAGAGACAAGGCAAAGUCGGCCGCACCAGCCGCCACCCAAGAGCAACCCUAG